GCAGCGUCAUUACAGCAUAUAUAAACACACGCCGUCACUCACAGCACCAUUUCUAUUUACGGCAAACAAGAAUGAAAUACAUGAAAUACGAACCGAGCGCGAAAUGUUUAUGAACAAAGCGAACAUGGAGUAUAUGAUUGAACUGAAGUCGUCGUCGUAUUGCUCAAACAGCGUUUUUGAGUACGUUAGUAAAUUCAACAUUGGAGAACCAAAUCAUCACUGGAGCGACUGCCAAGCGACAGGCUGACCAAACUCACAAAGAUUAAGUGUGAUUAUGGCACCAUUCACCAUUUCCCCACAUCGCCCACUGCCAAUUCAGUGCUGUCUACCUCAGGAAGCGCUAUUCAUGCAAUCCAAGAUGAAUCCUGAGCUUUCGUCCAGUAAACCUGGAACGCGUGAAGAUCUACCUCUUAAUUAUUACCACAAAACGUCCAUCAUGAAGAUCAGACUCCAUCUGUGGCAGGUCAUCCGAAGAGUUGUGAACUGCUGUAUGAGUGUGGCAGAGCUUUUCUGCUUCAAGAUGUUUUUCUUCGUUUGUGUGGGAAAAAACAUGGCCAUGACCGGCGAGUUGAAGAAGUGUGGUGUGGAGGCCCUGGAAAGGGAAAUCAGGGAUGGGAAGGAUCCAGAGAUGAAGGUCGUUAUGGAGUUAGAUGAUGAGGAGGAGUUGAUCGAGCCUGCUGUUGAGCGGGAAUUGUCAAUGAUUGAUUCAGAUGAAGAGGAAGAUGAUGAAGCCAGGCUCUCAGAAUGGGAGUCUGAUGAAGAAACUGAUGAGGACGAAGGUGAUGAGGACAAUGAAGAGGAAGACUGUGAGCAACAGGAUGUGGAUUCUGAAUGGUCAGAUGAUGAUGAUGAUGAAGGUGACUCUGAGGCAUCAGCAGAGAGCCUUGAACUUUGGGAAUCCUUCCUCAACAGCAGUGACCCGUACAACCCUCUGAGCUUCUGCUCGUCCAUCAGCUCCAGAACAACCACUAAACAGAACCAACUACCUGAAAUCAAAACUCAACCUACACCAGCUACAAGGCCAGAAGAGUGUCAUCCAAAACCAAACUCAAAGGAAGGGGGGAAGAAGGUGUGUUUCAGUGAUAAAGUGAUUGUACACCCCCUGGUGGUUUGGAGAUUUGCUAGCAGGGCGGCACGGGACGGCUCUUGUUGGCUGCAGAUGGCCAGAGACCGAGAGCGUUUCAGAAGAAGAGUGGAGAACAUUGAGAAUGUCAUUAAACCCUGCCUGACACCUGAACACAGAGCCAGCGUGUGGGAGAGACUUCAGAGAAAAACACUGUCGUAAUACUCCAGCUUGAUGUACAGUGUUAUUAACAUAAUAUAGCAGUCAAACUAGAUGUUUGAAAUAUGGUGUAAUUUUUGGUGCUUUUGACUCCGAACACUAAAUGUAGUUGUUUUUUUUUUACUGUUAUUUAUGUUGUUUCAAUAUUGUAGUGCAUUUUAUUUUUAUGGGUCUUUGAGGUUUCAUUAUAUGUUUAGUGUAAUUGACACAUUGCAUAUUUUAUAUACAGUGGCAGCUGAAAAAUAAAUUUUUCCAACAUUUA